GCCAUCUGCUAUAGCAAGAAAAACACUGCGGAAUAUUCUUCGAGGCACAUGACGUUGGCAAACAGGGUGAAUAAACGCAUUAAAACAAAGAUAGUUUAGUGGGACGCAUACACCAAAACGUGCGCAACAGGUGUUCAGCAUCCCGUGGGCGCCAGAGAGAAAAGACGCGGAUAAAUAAAUGAGCCACAUCGUCGGGCAAAACAUAGAAAGCAGGUCAGUUUAUCGCUCAGAUAAAUAACAGUGGACUGAGUUGUAUUUCAACAUGUAAAAUAUAUCGCGUAUUUAAAUGUGUAUGAACGGAAACUGUCAUCGCCUUUGAUCAUUUGGCUCUGGGAUGGUGAACUGGAGCGGCUGCUGAGUUUCCCCACAAAACCAACCGGGUGACUGACAUGAUCUGAAACUUUGUAAAUACAAUGCCGACCCCCAUCAGCGCGGUGAACUGAUCGGGCUCAACGCAGGCCACUAAAGGAAGGAGUCGUCCGAUCUACAGGAGCAGCGAUGGGCGUGGAGGGGGACAUAACGCUGCUCGCCGCAAGGCAAGGGGACGUGCAGACUCUCAAAUUGCAAUUAGCGCAAAAAGCGCUCACCAGCGACGUGGCGGACGUGCUGGGGGCUUCACCGGUCCACCACGCCGCCCGAGCGGGGAAACUAACCUGCCUGCGCUUCCUGGUGGAGGAGGCAGGGCUGGCGGGUAACUGCCUGGCGAACAACGGGGCAAGCCCGGCGCAUGACGCGGCAGCCACCGGCAACCUGGCCUGCUUACAGUGGCUGCUGACCCAGGGUGGAUGUCGGCCAGAGGACCGGGACAGUUCUGGUGCCACCAUUCUCCACCUCGCAUCCCGCUUCAGUCACCAUGAGAUCACUGACUGGCUGCUGAAGAGUGGCGAGGUGGACCCCGGGGCCUCCACCGAUACAGGCGCCGUACCUGUUCACUAUGCUGCUGCCAAGGGAGACCUGCCCUCUCUCCGACUGCUACUGGGGCACAGCCCAAAUUCAGUGUCAGACCCACCAGUGCCCUGCAGAGAUAACACCUUCCUGUGUGGACCGGUACAACUAGACGGACACAGCGUUGUCAACUCCCAAACUAAGAAUGGUGCCACUCCGCUCUACCUGGCAUGCCAGGAGGGUCAUCUGGAGGUCGUCCAAUACCUGGUCAAGGACUGUGGGGCAGAUCCAAGCAUCAGAGCCAAUGACGGGAUGACACCUCUGCACGCUGCUGCCCAGAUGGGCCACAACACCGUCAUUGUCUGGCUGAUGAAUUUCACAGAGAUCAGCCUGACGGGCAGGGACAGUGACGGGGCCACGGCCAUGCACUUUGCAGCCAGUCGAGGUCACGCAAAGGUGCUCAGCUGGCUGCUGCUGCACGGCGGAGAGAUCGUCACUGACAAUUGGGGAGGAACCCCACUUCAUGACGCUGCAGAGAACGGUGAACUGGAGUGCUGUCAGAUCCUUGUGGUCAAUGGGGUGGACCUGGGCAUCAAGGACCUGGACGGUUUCGCAGGAGCAGAUCUGGCUGAAUACAACGGCCACUCCCAGUGUGCCAAGUAUCUGCACACUGUGCAGAACAUGAGUGUGGAGCACCGUGUUUUGUCACGGGACCCCUCGAUGGACCUCGAGUACAAGCAGCCGGACUCGGGCCUCUCGUCCCCAAACACCACCAUGCCCCCCCCCGUCAGCCAGGUGGCACACUUUGAUAUCAGUUCACCAUCCAGCUCCCUGUCCAACUACGACUCAGCCAACUCCAGCCAAUCCAGCACUGGGGAGAAAAGGAGCAGCCUGACAACAUCACGGGGCCCACCCGCUCAGCUGAACACGGUCGCACACACAGGUGCAUCAGAGUCAGCCAUUUCAGACAUGCAGGCGUACAUGGACAUGCUAAACCCAGACAUUGGCUCCGACGUGCCCAAAAAGAAUGAGAUACCCGCUGAUACUGCCUCCAAGCCCCCCCCACCACCACCACCACCACCAGCCUUUCCACCCCCACCUCCCCCACAGUCUCCCCCGGCGCCCCCUCCACCCCCGACCUACCCGGCGCCACAGCCCCCUCAGGAGCCGACAUCAGCGGAGUUCCUGAAGGUGAAAAGCAACUUGCGUCACGUGGAGAGCAGCACCAGCAAGACGGAGCUGACUCCUGGAGAAAGCCACGACAAACUGCGGCGUGUGGAUUCAAACAGGAGGUCAAGGAGCUUCAGCAAGCAGCCCAGCACUGGGGACUACUACAAGGCCCUGGGCAGCGACUUAGCCGAGCCCCGAGGGAGCAAAAGCAUGGCGCCCAACGAGGAGGGCUCCGUGUUAUUGGAGGAGCCUAGCGACAGCCCCGCCCACAGCUCAGAGAAUGCCACCACAGAGGAGUCGGCGGCGCCCCCACCUCCUCCUCCACCUCCGCCUCCUCUUCCUGCGAGCAAUCACACACCGACACCACCUCCACCUCCUCCAUUGCCCCCGGAGACGGCAACCACCCACAAUCGCUCUGCCAGUAGCACCUCCUCCAACCAGCGACGUCUAUCUUCCUCAUCAGGAAGCACAAAAUCUUUCAACAUGAUGUCCCCCACUGGCGACAACUCGGAGCUGCUGGCAGAGAUCAAAGCAGGGAAGAGCCUCAAGCCAACACCUCACAGUAAAGGCUACACCACUGUGUUUUCCAACAGCGGACCCACAGGCAACAAUGAAAACACUGCAUCACCACCAGAGACCCGCACAUCUAGCCCACUAGCCAAGCCAUCGUCCACUCCACCAUCCGAUAGGUCGCUCGCCUCACCACCGGCCACCCCUAGUCCUAGUCCCAGUCCUACUGGUUCUGGAUCUGCCAGGACCAUGUCGACCUCUGCUAGCUACGAGCAACUGUCCUCCAAUGCCGUUAUUAAUGGGAACGGUGGCGGAGCAGAGUCGGGGCGAAAGAUGAGCCUUGCGGACGUGGAAGCGCUAGUGCCCACUCUUGACGAACAGGGGAAAGCGAUCCCUGAAUGGAAGAGACAGGUGAUGGUGCGAAAGCUUCAGGUCAAGAUGCAAGAGGAGGAGGAGCACAAGCGCAAGGAUGAGGAGGAGGCUACACGCCUGGCAUCGAUGCCGGCCUGGAGGAGAGACAUGAUGAAGAAGAAAAUGGAUGAAGAGAGGGAACAAAAAAGAAAAGUGGAGCAGCAGGCCAAACAGGUGAAAGAUAUGGAGGAGAAGACGGAGCUGGAGCGACUACGGAACCUGGGUUACGACGAGACCAAGCUGGCCCCCUGGCAGCGACAGAUCAUUCUGAAGAAAGGGGAUAUAGCCAAACAGUGAACUGGGCCGUCUCUCUCCCUACAAUCCCCCGCCCUCCCACACCCACCCCCAAGGCCUUCACUGAACACCUUCCCCAUCCCUGAUCCUCCACCCUGCACUGUAUACUGGACAGCGGGGGAGAGCUUGUCUCCUCUGCACCCUGUCUUCGACCUCCAGAAACACAGGACCAUACUGACCAUUUGCUGCUGUCCACACCGGCUUUGAGGCUCAGCGUGGGUGGCAUUACUCACCGCCCUCCACUGAAAGUCUCAUUGACACAAACUCUUGGUCUUUUAGUGCUAACAAUAACUAUGACAAUGCGCUGAUUCUCCUCGCUUAAGACGCUUGCUAUAAAUGUGUCCUUAACUCAACUAAGGUUAUCUUGUAGUAUCUAUACUUGCUUUCCUCUAAAUCAAUCGCAGCUAUUUCCCAUAGAAGAGUUGCUGAAACAAACAGGUGUGGGAUAGAUUGAAACGGGCUACUGGUGAGCAUUUUGCCAUGGGUCAUUGCAUGUCUAUUUUCCCUCCAUUAGCCAUACUCACCAUUAUGUAAUAAAUGGAAAAGUAGCUCUAUUACAGUUGUGUCACCUGAAGGUGGCAUGGACAUACUCGGCAAAUGCUUAUUAAACCCUGAAGCAGCUAAUGCAUUCUGUAUGUAGACAAUAUCAUAUCUUAGUCAUGGGAUUUUUUUUUUUUUUUUUUUUUCAUCAAGCUCAUCGAAGCACUUUCUAAAUUACUUCAUUUUACUGCCAGAGCUGUAAUCCUAACAGUGCUCGAACUAACUCUGUUUCUUUAGGUAAGUGUGUUGUCAUUUGGACUAUUGGUGUAUAUGAUAAUUUAAAUAAUGUAAAGAUUCUGUAGCUGUGCAAAUUGAAUUUUACAAAAUAUCACUGGAAAAAUGAACCAAUUUAAGUUUUUCUAUAUGUGACCUAAAUGUUAAGCUGUUGUGAUCAUGAAUGUGAAUUGUUGCGUGCAUGUGUGCAUCGAGCAUGUUGUCAUGUAUUAUUAAGCAUAUUUGGACCCAGGACUCUAGAAUUUCAAUGAAAAACAAAAUACAAACAAACAAUCCUGCUAGGUUUCUUUUUGAACAUGGCCUUUCUAAAACAACAACAAGAAGAACAUGCCCAUGUGAAGUGCAGCAUCCAGAUGCCUCAUCUGCACACUGAAUAUUGCGAAGGUAGAGAGAAGACAUCAGUUUGUCCUGCGUCCUGUUCCGACCUUCGCCCCACUAACCUGGAGGAUAAAUCUUUGAUGAGCAGAUCUGCUUGCAGAAUACAGACUGUUCUCUGUCUGCAAGUAACAGCCGUAACAUUAAAAUGUGCUGUUCCUUAGAUAACGUCAGCUGUGUAUUCAUGAUCUGCAGCUGCAAGUGUGAAGAGUCCGGUUCCAAUACUCAAACAUCUGAUUAUAAUAAGGUGAACCAGACUUACACAAUGUACUGUAUAAUUCACAUUCGGGUAGAUACUUGUUAAGUGACAGAAGGUUGAUAAUUAUACAGCUAAUUUUAUUUAUAAUUUCUAACCCGUUUCUUCCAGUUCCAGGUUUUCAAACAUUCCUAGGAUUCACACAUCUGUUGGGCUUGGAUUUGGGUUUAAAUAUUGAAAUGUGGGAAAGCUGUGUUGAAUGUUUGUGGGUAACAUUUGCAAUGUGAGCAGAGCAUGAAUUAAGAGUAACUGAAGCUCACCAUCAUGUCGGAUGUCUCUUGCCGAGCGUGACACAUAAGUGUUCCCACACGUUGGAAAUGAGUCCCUAUGGUAACUACAUUUAUGUUGGAUGUACAGUUUUGCAGAAGUAGGGUAUCAAGCGUACACAUGUCAUGAAAGACAUGGUCCUGGUUGGGGAAUCAUUUGGAAAUAUUGAAAUUCACUUUCAUCGGAUGCCAUAUGAUGCUGAAAUUAAAAAUGAUGUAAACAUCAUUGCCAUUUGAUUUUCUAUAUAUAUAUAUUUAAACUCUGUAUAUAGUGACCCUCUCAGAUUUUUGUUGUUUCAUUGUUUCCAUAUUGCAUUAUAUUACAUGUCUCAGCCUUGCUUGAAUAGAAUGUUGGCUAAUUCAUGUAUAAUUAUAUUUUCAGACUGUUAAAAUGAAGACAAUAAAUCUUUAA